AAUUAGGGCUGUCUGCACCUUUCAAGGUCCUCUCACCGGACAGUGGCGUGACACGAUGAGGAGUCUGGCGCUGCUGUUAGGGGUGAAAGCCGCCUGCAUCCUGCUGGUGUCCUCGCUUUCGGGCACAGUGGCCGUCAACAACAGCGGCCGGUGGUGGGGUAUUGUCAAUGUGGCCUCCUCAUCCAACCUCCUCACCAAUUCCAAGAACGUGCAGUUGGUCCUGGACCCAAGCCUGGCCCUACUCAGUCGUCGCCAGCGCCGGCUGAUUCGGCAGAAUCCUGGCAUCUUGCACGCCAUCGCCGCUGGGCUGCACACUGCCAUAAAGGAGUGCAAGUGGCAGUUCCGCAACCGCCGCUGGAACUGUCCGACCACCCACAGCCCAGCAGUUUUUGGGAAAAUUGUCAAUCGUGGUUGCCGAGAGACAGCAUUUGUAUUUGCCAUUACCAGCGCAGGCGUGACCCACGCUGUGGCUCGCUCCUGCUCGGAAGGGGCCAUUGAGUCGUGCACAUGCGAUUACCGCCGCAGAGGUCCUGGAGGGCCAGACUGGCACUGGGGGGGCUGCAGCGACAAUGUAGACUUUGGCCGGAUGUUCAGCCGUGAGUUUGUGGACUCCAGCGAGAGGGGCAGAGAUCUGCGCUACCUCACCAACCUACACAAUAAUGAGGCUGGCAGAAUGACUGUGUCAUCAGAGAUGCGUCAGGAGUGUAAGUGCCAUGGCAUGUCAGGCUCCUGCACCGUACGCACCUGUUGGAUGCGCCUGCCCAGCUUCCGCACAGUGGGAGACUUCCUCAAGGAUCGGUUUGAUGGUGCAUCCAGAGUUGUUUAUGCCAACAAGGGAAGCAACCGAGCCUCUCACCGCGCCGACCCCCGGCAUCUAGAGCCUGAAAACCCGGCUCACAAACCCCCCUCUGCCAUGGAUCUGGUCUAUUUUGAGAAAUCACCAAACUUCUGCUCCUACAAUGGCAAAACUGGCACUUUGGGAACUUCUGGGAGAACAUGCAACAGCUCUUCUCCAGGCCUGGACGGGUGUGAGCUGCUCUGCUGUGGACGUGGGUUUAAGACUCGGACUGAGAGCGUGACUGAACGCUGCCACUGCACCUUCCACUGGUGCUGUCAUGUCAGCUGCUUGAACUGCACCAGCACACGAACGUUACACCAGUGUCUAUGAUCGCAGCUUGACACCAAGUGAAUAUUUAGGCGUACGUGAAAGGCGAAGAAGAACUUCUUAGCAAAACAGGUAGUUGGCUGAGAAAGCCACUAGAUAUUAUGUGGAAGCCAGAAGAGCUUCAAGGCGGGUAAAGUGAUACAGGGAACUCCCUGGCACAAAAAAAACAUCAAUCAGUGUUUAUGAAAGAGGGAGAUUGAGAAAAGCACAAAUAUAUGAACAGGGUACAGAGGGAGUAUAUGUGCUUACCCCUUGCCUUUGGUGCUUUACAGUAUUAAGAGAGUAUUUAAACACUAAAACCAUCCAUGUAGAAUAGAAAUCAUCCACAUCCCUCAAGUGUUUACACUGUGGAUAAAUAGGGACGAAAUGAAGUGGAGAAUCGAUUGCUGUAACCAGGUACUACUAGAGCCGCCUUCUCCCCCACUGAGGGCAGAAACUGGACACAAUGUUUCACAGAUGUUUCUGUGGCCAGAGAGCCACAAACAUGUGCUGUCAUAAACUGGUGAAGACCUCUAACAAGAGGGAGUUAU